AUGACUGAGUCGCUGAACACUCGAAUUCACGAACGUCAGUCAUUGUCGCCGCGAUCAGCCAUCAGCGAACCUGGCAAUGAAAAGUUCCCUUCGUUCGACCUCGAAGCGAGACGUCCGAGCCUGGCACAGAUCACCGAGAGUCCGCUGGAGACGAGUGCACCCAUCGUUCCCGAAUACAAAUGGCCGGCACGCUCAAACAGCGGUCGCGCUACCAACCGUGCGGCUGGUCAUAGACACCGUCGAAGCGUUAGCGAAGCGCUUAAGAACUUCCGGACCAGACAAGGCAGUGUUACAGACAAUGCGCAUGAUUUGGCAGAAGCGCUCAAGGCGCCGGUGUCGUACAAGCUCAUUGCGUUGUGCAUAACAUGGUACAUGACCUCCGCCUUGACCAACACAUCCUCGAAAUCGAUAUUAAAUGCUUUCGACAAGCCUGCGACCCUCACCAUCAUCCAGUUCGCCUCUGUCUCCCUAUGGUGUUUGAUACUCGCUACGGCAGCCUCAACCUUUCCCUCGUUGAAACGCAACAUACCGGCUCUUAGGAAUGGCCUUCGAAAACCCUCCUGGGACGUACUACGUACAGCCCUACCACUAUCGAUAUUCCAGCUCCUCGGACAUCUCCUCAGCUCUUACGCCACCUCCAAGAUCCCCGUAUCACUAGUCCAUACUAUCAAGGGGCUAUCGCCGCUUUUCACAGUCCUCGCAUACCGCCUAUUCUUCCGCAUUCGCUAUAAACGCGCGACCUACCUCUCGUUGGUGCCCUUGACAGCCGGAGUCAUGAUGGCCUGUUCGGCCGACUUUUCAAGCAAUUUCUGGGGCAUCUCUGCUGCCUUCAUCGCCGCUAUUGUUUUCGUCACGCAGAACAUAUUUUCCAAAAAGCUCUUCACCGAAUCCUCUCGAGCCGAAGCGGAGGGCCAAACCCACAAGGAGGGAAAGCUGGAUAAGCUUAAUCUGCUGUGCUACUGCUCGGUUGGUGCCUUCUUGUUUUCAGCACCAGUCUGGUUCUACACAGAAGGCGCAUCCAUAAUCCGUGACUUCCUUGCCGAUGGCUCCCUGGAUCUUUCGACCAAGAAGAACACCCUCGACCACGGCGCCUUAGCGCUUGAAUACGUCUUCAAUGGCCUGUUUCACUUUUUCCAAAACAUCAUGCAUUCAUCCUGCUGUCGCUGA